AUGGAGACGGAGAUACAAAAGACUCUCUCUGGCUGGUCUCGUCUUCCUUUGAGUCUCUUCUCUGGCGUGAGUCUCUCCCUUCACUAUCUGAUAGUGAUGCUAACAGGAGCAGAAUCAUCACCAUCGACUUCGACUUCGACUUCAACUUCAACACCACUUACUAUCACCCUGCCGUCUCUGCUCCUGCGCCUCCACAGACCUUCUCACCUCUUCACCCUCGAACUCCGGCGUGAUGGCUCUCCGCUGCUCCUCUCCGCGCCCUUCUCCAUCCCCCCGGCCAGACUAACCAACCGCUCUCCAUCAUCAGCAUCGCCAUCGCCAUCAAUUGAACCGGCACCGGGUUUCCACAAGGACGAACAUCCCAACCCGGGUGCCAGCCAGGGCCUGGCAUGGGGUGUCACCAUCGCCAGUCUCGCGGCCUCGGGUCUCGCAGCGUGGCUCUGCAUCUACCGGCUGAGGAAGAGGAGACGGCUUGCGGGAGGGCCUAGAGAUUCAGCUGGACACAGCAUCAACGGCGACGAAGAGGAUGAAGCAGGUCAAGCCGAUGAACAUGUCAAUGGACAUGUCAAUGAAGAACAGGGACAAGGACAAGGACAUGGGCAUGGAACUGAGAUGGAGGUUCUUCAGGAUAGAGAAAAGGAGACGACAGUGACGACGGAAGAGAAAGAAGAGACAGGAAAGAUAGAGAAGAAAAGCGAGGGUACAGGUCAACUCGACAGCGCGAUGAUGGCCCGGCUGGGGGUGUAG